AGACUGAUUGAGGCAAAGGAUGUUGUGUUUGAAUGUGGACCAAACUGUGGCUGUGAACUUGGUUGCAUUAACCGUAUAUCUCAGCAAAGAAUGAAGUAUCAACUUGAGGUUUUCCGAACACCAGAAAAAGGGUGGGCCGUCAGGUCUAGAGACUUUAUUCCUUCAGGUGCACCAGUGUGUGAAUAUAUUGGAGUGCUCAGGAGAACAGACGAACUGGAUAAUGUUGCUGAGAAUGAUUAUAUAUUUGAAAUUGAUUGUUUCCAUACAAUGAAGGAGAUUGGGGGUAGAGAGAGGCGAUUAGGAGAUGCAUCUGGGCUGAUCAGUAACCACUUGGAGAAAAUAGAUGACAGGGCAUUAGACAGUACACCUGAAUUUUGCAUAGAUGCGGGCUCUGUGGGUAAUGUUGCUAGAUUUAUCAAUCACAGUUGCGAGCCUAACCUCUUUUGUUCAGUGUGUUUUAAGCAUGCAUCAUGAUGUCAGACUUGCUCGGGUGGUGUUGUUUGCUGCAGAAAAAAUAGCUCCUUUUCAGGAACUUACAUAUGACUAUGGAUACACUCUUGAUGGCGUUAUUGGUCCUGAUGGAAAAAUAAAAGAGCUUCCAUGCCAUUGUGGGACGGCAGAUUGUCGUAAACGUUUAUACUAGUGAAGUUUCAGCUUCUUUGUGUCAGUUUUCUAGCUAGCUUUUUGUGGAAAAGACAACCACAUGGAUAGUUUUGCCAUUUCUCAUUUUCUCAAGGCAAAAUAGUUGGUCAAGUAUAUAUGAAAUAAUUGUACUCUUGAGGUGAAAUAGCUCUUUGCUUAUUGUUUUAUUGAUUUUUGGAAGGAGGGCGGGGUUGGUUUGUUAGAUUGAAAAGGUGCUUGUUUAUAUUUCGAAAAAAUUUAGCGACUGACAUUUAUCAUUGGUGGACGUCGCAUUGUUGUAAUGAAUGUUAAUAUACGGUACUUAUUUUGGAUUUCUAUUAUAUAUUGACAAACUAUUGCCUCUGUUUUUGUGAUC